GUACCAAUUCCAGUGUAACUUUUACGUUUGCCGAAUUCAGUGAUCUGGAGGCCAAGUGGCUUAUAGUUGAUACAGUCCCUUGAAAUCCAUAUAAAAUGAGUAAACCAAUAAUUUACGGACAUGAAAUGAGUUCUGUAGUGCGAAGUGUUCUAAUGGUGGCCAAAGCGAUUAAUUUAGAUUACGAAUACAAAGAAGUGGACUUUGACGCCGGGGAUAAUGUAACGGAACACUUUUUGAAAAUGAAUCCUCUGCAUACCGUUCCGACUAUGGACGACGACGGACUGUAUCUUGGAGAAAGCCAUGCUAUUGGACCCUACUUAAUUCAGCAAUACGGGAAAAGCGACGAUUUAUACCCACGGGAUGAUCUGCGUAAUCGCGCAAGGAUCGAUCAAAUGUUGCACUUCGACAAUGGGAUCCUGUAUUGGAACUGCAUCCGUGGAAUUGUUAUGCCCAUAUACAAUCGUGGAGCAGCAACAAUUGCUCCCGCCGUGCUGGAGGAGGUGGACAAGGCCUACGGAUUUAUGGAGAAAUUCUUGGAGGCUGAUGUAUAUCUCGUGGGAGAUUCGCUAACUGUGGCAGAUUUGGCUUGCGGUGCAAGCAUAUCGUCGCUCUUCGAACUGGUUCCUGCUGACCCAGAAAAGUACCCAAACUUGCAUGCUUGGUUUAAACGAAUCCAAGGUUUGCCGUACUAUGAGGAAGCGAAUGGGAGAGGGAACGCUAGAUAUAUUGAAAUGCUUGAGAGCAAGAGGCGCAAGGAGGGAGAAUAAAGACUGCCGGGUAUUGGUUGUGGACAAAAGGUUUUAGUAAAUUUAUGUUUUUGUUAUUUAUAUAUUGUCCAAGUAACUGCCGUGAAUCUUUAGUAUUUUCUGUUGAUAUAGCCAAUGCAAUUUUCAUCAAAUUUUAUAUUUACAAAUGAUGUUAUCUUUUAAGAGAAGCAGAAUUGCUAUUGCAUGUUCGCAUUCGUGUAAUCACUCUUAUAUUAUCUUCCAUAUAUAAUAAUUGUAUAAAUAAAAAAGUGUUACCUAAUAAACUUAUUAACCAAUGCCAA